AGCACUCCACCUGCUUGUUUGAUUCCUCUACGUCCAUCUUCAAGAGUCGUUGUAAAAUGGGACUUAUGGUAUAAGUGACGUGGACUGAGACACUUUGAACGCUGGGUGGACCCGGCGGCUGCUGACUAAGGAAGUUGACUCAAAGGCGGUGCGGGGUUUGAGGAAUACGCUUUCAAAGGCGGGAGGGAUAAAGCGCUUAGCCAGUGUAGACCGACAUCAGGUGAGCCGCAGCGUUUGUCAUCAACAGCCGGAGCUUCACUUAGCGGCGGUGACUGUUACUGAGACACAGGUUGUGACACCAUUUCAAAUUUGGCAGUUUCUCUGUUCACGCAACAGUAGAACAAGCCCCAUCACGUCAAGAGAAAUGCUCUCAGCGUGUGCAGGUAUCUGUCUGCUCCUGGCUUCCUGACAGACUCACCUGUAGGUACGGGAGAAGGACGCCUAAUGCCGAGAUUCAGGUAAGCUCUGGCGGAUUGUGAAUUUCUUUCACUGCGAAAACCGAAGUGGAAUACCUUUCUAACGUACAGUGCUUCUUUCUGAUGCCUGGACACACCUGUCUUGAACAGCGAUGCUGCCCCAGGUACGAUGGACCUCGGUUUCUGAGCUACCCCCUUUCCACUAACUUCUGUCCUCGGAGGUAACCGAGUCGCUGGCCGAGCAUCCGAAGAUGCCCUUUAAAAACUCUCUUUACCGCAAGGCCAGCUUCGCGCGCUGGUCCAGGAAGCAGCCGAAGAGGCGGGAGCUGGUGUCAGUCAACAUGAUCAGCCUACCGCUGGGCGACUUCCGCCACUUGGCUCACAUUGGGGCGCAAGCCUGCCACGACAGCUUCGGAGACCUGUCCUUCCUCAAGAGCGGCCACAGCCUCUUCCGACAGAGCUCCCAGAGCGAGCAGAACCUCUUCCUGGCCUGCGCGCCGCCGCCCAAGCCUCCCCGCCUCAACCUGGAGGAGACAGACGCCCAGACCGGCCCCGCCUGGGAAGGCCAGCGCUACCCCAGCCAGAGGCAGAAGAAGUGUAGUUCCAUGCCCCUGCUGGACUGCGACGAGGGAGACGAGCUGGCCCCGGAGGCGGGGAGCGGCAGCACAGGACGGUACAGUUACAGCUCCGGCCGUGACGCAGAGUCUCUGCAGACCUGCCCGGAGGAGCCCCCGGGCAGGGAGGACGACUCUGCUUUCACCCUGGACCUGGACUUAGGUCCGUCCAUCCUCGACGAUGUCCUACAAGUGAUGGAUAAGCUCCACCAGUGAAACAGCCAGCAUUCCCAUCUAGUUAGCACUUCCAUUAUCUAACGGGUACUCGCAAGAGUGACGUGACAGAAAAGGCAGAGGAACAACCACACACCACAACCAUAUGUAAUCUUUUUUUGAACUGCAAGAAUGUUCUUGGAUGCCUGUCCUUUGGCUUUAUUGACAAGAGCCACCAGAGGAGUUAAAUUGAAGUGUUAUCUCACUGCUUUGUGGCCAAACAGAGAAUGCGCAAUAGACAAUGAGACAACAGCCACAGAGCAGUCAACUGUGGAGUCUGUUUUUUUUGACAUCCCUCUGUCAAUCGGUUUAUAUCAUUGUACAGAUAGUAGAGGCAGCAGUUAUAACUUACUGUUAUGUCUAUGUUCCUUCCGUUUCUGGAGGGUAUUUUUGAACAAUGGGACACAAAACACAUUUGGGUAUGGUCUUAUUGUAUUCAUGUGUGUGCAUACCAAUAUUUUUGUGCUUCAUAAGGUAUAAUAUACUUUGACAGGUUCUGCAAGAGCCACAAUGUGUUCCUGUAUUCCCUUUUUCUAUGCAUAUUUAUAGAUAUGGGUAAGGGUUUUAUAAAUAUUCACGACAAUAAACAUUUUGAAAUUCAUAGUUUUUUGAAAUGCUAAUGCACCUCCUUCUGCAAAGCAAAAAAUAAAAGGCAAACCUUCCAAAAUUCCAUAA